GGGGGGUGGGGAGAGUGUGUGCGUGCGUGUGUCCUAAGCCUGACUCCUGUGCAGAGUGAAACUCUGAGGAGGGGGCGGUGGCGGUGGCGGUGGCGGUGGCACGUGCUUAGUGCCGGGGGGUCGCCGAGACCUGGUCUCCUUCCCGGUCUGGGCCGUGGGGCUCUGGAGCCCCUGUCCCAUGCUCGGCAACACCUGCCCGUGCCCUUAGCAGCAGCAGCGUGGAGGCGGCAGCCCCGGCCGGUGCUCGUUCUGGUGGGGGCUGUUUGUGUGUAGGGUCGCUGCGCUUCGGACUGGGCGUCAUUUUAAGGGGUCUCUUUUCCUGGAGCUACAGGUUCUAAAGGCGGAUUUGCUCGGUCUUUGGCUGAGAGGGUUGCAGAAAACAGUCCGCAGGGAAUAGAGGCGGCUCAGGCCUCCAAAAGCUUUAACGUCAAGGAAUUUCAUUGCUUAAGUUGGGGCUAAAACUAUCUUUCGAGGCUAGCUUAUUCAUGAACAUAAAAAGCCCUGUUUGAUACAAUGGAUGAACAGUCACAAGGCGUGCAAGGGACUCCUGUUCCACAGUUUCAACCACAGAAAGCCUUACGACCUGAUAUGGGCUACAAUACGCUAGCUAACUUCCGAAUAGAAAAGAAGAUCGGCCGUGGACAGUUCAGUGAAGUUUACAGAGCAACUUGCCUGUUGGAUGGGGUACCAGUAGCACUGAAAAAGGUGCAGCAACUGAAUCAUCCAAAUGUAAUUAAAUACUAUGCCUCCUUCAUUGAAGACAAUGAGCUAAACAUAGUGUUGGAAUUAGCAGAUGCUGGAGACCUCUCUAGAAUGAUAAAGCAUUUUAAGAAACAGAAGAGGUUGAUUCCUGAAAGGACAGUUUGGAAGUACUUUGUUCAGCUGUGCAGUGCAUUGGAACAUAUGCAUUCUCGUCGUGUCAUGCAUAGAGAUAUAAAGCCAGCUAAUGUGUUCAUUACAGCUACAGGAGUAGUAAAGCUUGGAGACCUUGGACUUGGACGAUUUUUCAGCUCCAAAACUACAGCUGCACAUUCUUUAGUGGGUACGCCUUAUUACAUGUCUCCAGAGAGAAUACAUGAAAAUGGAUACAACUUCAAAUCUGACAUCUGGUCUCUAGGCUGUCUGCUAUAUGAGAUGGCUGCACUGCAGAGUCCCUUUUAUGGUGACAAAAUGAACUUGUACUCUCUGUGCAAGAAGAUAGAACAGUGCGACUAUCCACCUCUUCCUUCAGAUCACUAUUCAGAAGAACUGCGACAAUUAGUUAACAUAUGCAUCAACCCGGAUCCAGAGAGGCGACCAGACAUAGCCUAUGUCUAUGACGUAGCGAAACGUAUGCAUGCGCACACUGCAAGCAGCUAAAUAGACAAAAGAUCAUGAAGAAAAGAACCAGAAAUUUUCAAGUAUUUUUGUGCAAAUCUUCCCACCCCUUUUUCAUCUGUUACAUAAAUGUAGUUAUUCAGAACAGACUGAUGUGCUUUAAAUUGUGAACAAGUUUACACACAAGCUUCCUGAGGUGUUUUUUUUACCAAUUUGUAGUUAAAAAUAUAGGUUUAAUGGUAAAUAAAAAAACAGAUUUAAAAUGUAAAGUAUACUAUGGAAAAUAGUGGGUCCUGACAGCUUUAAAAAUAGUGAUUUCAAAUGUAUUUUCCUGUUAAUAACAAAAUUGCAUUCAAUUGGGAGUUCAAUUCUAAAACAUCAUAGCACUGCAGUUUUGCACAAUAUGGAUAUUAGGCUUAUUACCAUGAAACAAAAUGUUUGAAUCUUUCUCACUUUUUAUAACUUAUGGAAGUUAUGAAUCAACACAAUUAAUGAGUUUAUUUUAAUUUUUGUUCUACUAGGGAAAUAAUUGUAAGAGAAUUUUUUGUAUUUUGUACUGAGUUGUUCGUAGUUCGCAGUUUAUCUUCUCAAGAUAAAUGAAGAUGGAAACCAUCUGAUUAGGUGUUUUGCUGAAAUGGCAACUGUUAAAUGUGAAAAAAAGUUUUUUGGCAAAAUUGUCAGACACUGAAAAAUCUCUGUAACUUGUCCCUUUUCUUUGUGUUGUUGUGGCUUAAAUGAACCCUGAAAAUUGGCUUUAAGGGUUUGGUUUGGCCAGGUUAAACCCCAUACCUGCAAUUUGAUUUGUAUGGCUUGACCAACAUAGCUGUGCAGCACUUCGUUGACUUCAGUGGGUCUGUGCACAGUCAGAUCCUAAAACCCUUGCAGCUUCCUGUUGUGGUAAAUCGGGUUUUUCUGCACAGGCACAUGACUGUCUGAACAGGCCUGUUUGAAGGAUGAGGGCCUUAAGUUACAACUCCCUAGGGAUUUCUGUUUGUGGUGGUGUUUCUAGAUUUUGUUUUUAAAUCCUUUGGAUGACCUUAUACUACUAUAUUUUUAAUUCCUUUUAAAAAUACUUUUUUAAUCCAAUGCCUAUUGCACAAAAUACAGUUGUGCACUGUUAUACAAACAUAUGUUUCAUAAAAUACCUGAUUUUGUUAUCUACCCUAUCUUUUAUUUUAUUGGCCCUAAAAACAUGGUUUUAUAUGCUAUAAAAAUAACUUUAACUUUUGUAUUUAAAGAAAAAAAAAUCAGUGCUGCUUUAUUUGUGCAGUCAGUAUAUUUGUUGAUUAUACGUUUAAAAUGGUAUCAUUUCACCAAUAUUUUAUCUGAGUUCAAAAGUAAGUUCAAAAUAUGUUGGUUACACUUUAUAUUGGUCACUGUGUAUGCAUGAAGGAUUUAUUUUAUUCGGAAGUGAAAGUAAGUACACACCAAUACAUUGUACCUAUAAAUGCUGAUAAAAAUUGAGGUCUAAUUUCUCAGAAUUUCAAGACCAUAUUUUUAAACAAACACAUAAAGCUGUCAAAGUGUUUCAUUGCUGCGAGGUUGACAAUGAUAAUUGUAUUGAUACCAGCUUUAUUGUUGAGAUGUAGUUAGUUUAAAUCUUUUUUGAUAGAAAAAGUCAGGAAAAAGUAAAAAUUCAGUACUUACAUGUAAAUAUUGGAUCUGUAUACAUUAAGUUCACUAUGCAUUCAACAUUUAUAUCUGUUGUUUUUCCACAUUUCCUUUAUUAAACAAGUUUGCAUAGACAGUGAAAUGAACACUGUGCAGCAAUAGUUCUGUUUCUUUGGUCGGACACUUCAUUUCAUUUGACAUAAUUCAUAAACAAUAAGAACCCAGCUAUAGAUUUAUAGACAAGUUUCAACACAUAGAAAAGUUUUUAAAUGUUAAGAAAUGACAUUCUAUUGAAACCUAUUUGUUUUUAAAAAUGUAGUAUUUUUUUAUGUAUCUGGGUCAGAUCCUUAGCUGCUUGAAACUGGUGUAGCUGCAUUGAUUUAAAUCAGCUGAGAAUCUGGGCUCUGAUUUAGUGACAAAACUGCUUUAUUGUAGGAUGAAUCCUUGGUUUUUCAUCUAGCUGUUGUGUGUGUAUUGAAUGUAAUCUUUUGGGGCUGCAUUGAGACUACUAUGAUGAGUAAAAAUAGCCAUCUGUAAAUGUUGGCAGGAUUGGGCCCACGUCUUGCCUAUCUCUGUCUGGCAACCUUUACGCUGAUCUUCCAUUGAAUAUAUCAAUUAAUUUACUAGUUCUUGGUGACUAUUAUGUUCCAUAAGAUUUGAAAUUAAAUGAAAUAGUUUGUACUAAAACAGGGAACAGAGUAGUAUUUGCUCGACCAUCAGCAAUAGCUGUUACUAUGCAAAAUUAUUCAAGUCAUUAUUUUAAUCUGUUCCGUUUCUGAUAAACAACAUUUACAAAGAUUGAAAAAAUUGUACACAGCAAAGUUAUUUCUAUAAGAGAGUCUGUUUAUUUUAACCUCUACUUAGGUCAAAUAUGCACAUCACUUUUCCUAAAGAAACUAAUAUUUUAGGCAAAAAAUAUUUCUGGAAGGCUGUAUGGUAAGAAAAUUAUGGGAAUAGUUGAGUUAGAAAAUACACCUAAAAAAUGCUAAGGCUUUUUUUAAAAAAAAAAUUGAUGAUUUAACUUUACGUUGAGUAAAAUAAGUAAUUCUUAUUUUAAAAGCAUUAAAAUAAUGGGAUAGAGAUGAUGCAGUUAAAUCUUAGGUGUUGCAAACAAUUACCCAAUGAAGAUGAAAAUGCUGGACAGCCUAGUGCAUAUAUUAAAGUUUACAAAGGGUAAAUGAAGCUUACCUCUGUUUAAGGGUCAGGUUCAACAACUUACUCACCUUAAAUAGUACUUAAUGUAUAUACAUAGAACUACCAUGUAAGUAAAGACUGUAGAAUCUAUCCCUUAAUAAAGUGCCUGACAGCGUAUGAGAAUUAUAAAUAUAGUAAAAUUAUUACAACCAUUUCUUGAAUGCCUUACCAUUUAAAUAGCUUCUAUUACAAAACACCAUUCUAGUUGCCACAUACUGUAGGUAUUGUUAACAUUUACCAUGAUAUUUAUUUUACCGGUUGCAUUAAAUGCUUUUCCUUUUAAAUGAGUAUUACAUUAUAACCAAAAAUGUGUAAUUAUUCUCUGCCUUAUAUUUCAAUAAUACUGUAAUAUUGUCUUCCUUUGUGAAAUACGGUAUUUAGUUGUUCUUUGAACACCCUUGCUGAGAAGUCUGCUCUUGGUUUUUAAACUACUUUGCUGUACAAUAUUCUAAUAUAAAUAAAACAUACAAAAAUUAAAUAUAAUGUAAAAAUCAUAGCACUUCCAUGAUAGUUUUCGGAGCCUUUCCUGUUGUGGAUAGGUAACAUCUAGUAAUAUACAUAUCUUGUGAAUAAUCUAUUACUGCCAGUAAUUGAUUAUAGAUGAGAGUUAUUGAGUGGUGCAAGAGAAAGUUUUAAAAAUCUUUAUAACAUAUAUCAGAAGUGCAGAAAAUAUUACAGCAGGCAUGUUCAUGAUUGCACAAAUGUAAUGCUUUUAGCUAAUACUUUUUAAAGAGUAUUUUUAAAUGAGGGUGUAUCUGAAAAUCAUAAAAAUAAGUACAUGUAUCAUAAAAAGGCAUUAAAGCCCCUAUCCUGCAAGCUACUGCAUGUGGGUGGAUCCUUCUGCCUUCAUGGAGUUCUAUUGAUUUCAAUGGGCUGCUUGUGCACACAGGUUGAAUAAAUGGUAACUGCUGUACAGUGUAUGCAAAUAACAUCUCUUUAUUCAACACACCAAUUAGACCUUUAUAUUUCACUGUUCUGUAUUGCAAAUUAGUGUGCUUUAUUUCUUUUCUGUACAGUUCAGUUGUUCAGAUAUUAAUAAGAUUGGUAGUCUGAUCAUUUAAGUGUUUCUUUUUAAUGGAUAGGAAUUUUACAAAAUAUGGCAGAUGUAUUAAAAAAAAGUAAGUGUC